GCGUCGCGUAAUAAAAGGGCACGGACGCGUAUAACGCGUUGCCUUAAAAAACGUUAAUUUGGAAUUCAAUCGACGCAAGAACCAAACUUUAAAACUACGCAGACAAACGUGAAAGUCACAUGUGGGCAGUCCCUGAUUCUUUAUUACUGCGUUUUUCCGCUUGUUGCGUCCUCCAGCUGUUUUUGAUCGCAGGAACGCGCCCUCUGCGCUCGGCACAGCCAGAUUACACGCGAAAACGGCCACGCCUGUUGCAAAAAGAGGAGAAGAUUACGGAGUAAAAGCAGAAAUAUUUCGCUGCAGUUGAGAGAAACUUUCCGGAUAGAAAAUGUCUGGAGUGGCAUCAGCACUCGCCAAACAGAGGGCACUGGCUGCUGGUUUCGGCACGAAUGGCAACGCCGUGAAAUAUAUGAACCAGAACUUUGAGACUCUCAGAAGUGAGUGUCUGAGCCGAGGUGAGCUCUUCUGUGAUCCCACAUUCACAGCUGCACCAGAAUCUCUGGGCUUUAACGAACUCGGUCCACGAUCGUCUAAAACCAGAGGUAUACAGUGGAAAAGACCAGGGGAACUGACAUCCAAGCCUGAAUUUAUUGUUGGAGGGGCUACAAGAACAGAUAUUUGCCAAGGAGCUUUAGGUGAUUGUUGGCUCUUAGCAGCUAUUGCCUCCCUAACCCUCAAUGAAGACGUUCUGGGUCGUGUCGUACCAUCCAACCAAGGCUUUGGGAAUGACUAUGCUGGUAUUUUUCACUUUCAGUUGUGGCAGUAUGGGGAAUGGGUCGAUGUGGUGGUGGAUGACCGCCUGCCAUCUAGAGAUGGAGAACUGCUGUUUGUUCAUUCAGCAACCGGCUCAGAGUUCUGGAGCGCCCUGCUGGAGAAGGCGUAUGCCAAGGUUAAUGGAUGCUAUGAAGCUUUGUCUGGAGGUUCAACCACUGAGGGCUUUGAGGAUUUCACCGGAGGAAUUGCUGAAAUGUACGAGUUGAAACAAGCUCCAUCCAACAUGUUUCAAAUCAUCAAGAAAGCCUUGGAUUGUGGAGCGCUGUUGGGCUGCUCCAUAGAUAUCACCAGCGCUGCAGACUCUGAGGCCAUCACUCAUCAGAAGCUUGUGAAGGGUCAUGCUUACUCUCUUACUGGAGCAAUUGAGGUUAAUUAUAGAGGCCGGAAGGAGAAGCUGGUCCGGGUUCGAAAUCCUUGGGGUCAAGUGGAAUGGACAGGGGCUUGGAGUGACAACUCUUCUGAGUGGAAUGCAGUCGAUCCAUCUGAACGUGGAAACGUCAAAGCAGAAGAUGGAGAAUUCUGGAUGUCAUUUUCAGAUUUCGUGAGACAUUAUUCUCGUUUAGAGGUGUGCACUUUGACCCCAGACACACUGACAACUGACUCUGUCAAACACUGGAGCACGAGUAAGUUCGACGGCAGCUGGAGAAGAGGCUCAACGGCUGGUGGAUGCAGGAAUCAUCCUUACACAUUCUGGAUGAAUCCUCAGUUUAAGAUCAAACUGAAUGAGGAAGACGACGAUCCUGAUGAUAACGAAGUGGGCUGCAGUGUCGUCAUCGGUCUGAUCCAGAAGAAUCGGCGCAAAAUGCGAAAGGCCGGAGAGGACAUGCACACCAUCGGCUAUGCCAUCUACGAGGUUCCUCCUCAGUUUCACGGACAGAAGGAUGUUCAUCUGGAUAAGAACUAUUUCUUGAGCCACGCUCAGAAAGCUCGAUCUGAGACUUUCAUCAAUCUGAGAGAGGUCAGCACCCGCUUUAAACUUCCUCCUGGAGAAUAUCUCAUCGUUCCUUCCACCUUUGAGCCGAACAAGAACGGAGACUUCUGUGUGCGCGUGUUUUCGGAGAAACAGUCUGAAGUGCAACAAUGUGAUGAUCCUGUGGAGGCAGAUUUAGAAGAUGAGACGGUGUCUGAAGAUGAGGUUGAUUCUGGAUUUAGAGGGCUAUUUACCAAACUCGCAGGAGAGGACAUGGAGAUUUCUGCCUUUGAGAUGCGGACGAUUCUCAACAAAAUAGUUUCAAAACGGACGGAUAUUAAAACAGAUGGUUUUAGUUUGGAUACAUGCAGGAUCAUGGUGAACCUCAUGGAUGAAAGUGGCAAUGGUAAACUGGGGUUAGCGGAGUUUGCCACUUUGUGGAAGAAAAUUCAAAAAUAUCUGAUCAUUUACAAGAAGAAUGACAUGGACGGAUCUGGCUGCAUGAGUACACCAGAGAUGCGAAUGGCUUUGAAGGAAACAGGAUUCUCUUUAAAUGACAGCAUUCAUCAACUUUUGGCUGCGCGCUUUGGUGAAGCAGACCUGACUAUUGACUUUGAUAACUUUGUGGCCUGUGUGAUGCGUCUGGAGAUGAUGUUUAAAGUGUUCAAGAAGAUUGACAUAGACAACAGUGGUUUCAUUGAGUUGAACUUUACCCAGUGGCUGAUGUUUGCUAUGAUUUAAAGGACCAGAGGAUUUCAAAUAGUACUUCUAUUAUGUCGGUUAACUCACAUGACAGUAAUAUACACACAUGCUUUAUUUGUAUUGUGGACCAAUUUGUAAACGUGUCUACGGUUGUUGCUAGAGAGAUAUAAGAAAUGUUGACUGUUGUUUUAUUUGAUGUUCACUUACAUGUUAAUGCCGUGCUUGCAAGGCAUUAUAAUUCUUAUUCAUAGAGAUUUAAACAAAAUCCUUUCCUGUAAAGGGAAACAGUCAAACACUUUAACAUUUUCCACAUAAAAUGUAUAAGUAGAUGUUUUCAAAUUCGUAUUUAUCUAUGUUCAAAUUAUUUCAAUAUAUAUGGACUGACAUAUUUCAUUCCUUUCCGUUUAUAUUUAUAACUUAGUAAUUAAACAUUUUUAUACCCACAUUCAAAUAAUGAAGUGUACUUUAGUAUAGUAUACUGUAGUAAAUACAGUAGCUUACUGUAGAAUAUUAUAGUAAUUGUUACACUGUAAAACAUGGCUGUAGUUAUGCAGCUGUUAGCCAGUAACUUACUGUAGAUAUAAAUUGAUGUUAUUUACUGGCAACAGUUUGUUUAAAGUUAAAUGAACAUUAAACAUUAACAAGUUUUUGUCUUUACAGAAUAAAACUAUAAAAUAACUAACAGCCUCAUGCUAAGCAUUCUGGGAACCAGAAAUCCUCAUCAACCUUUUUUAAUGUUUUUUUCCUUCAGUUUUUGGUUCCCAGAAUGCUUUGCAUGAAGCUGUUAUUUGAGUUUUAUUCUAUAAACAUAAAGACUUGUUAAUGUUUAAUGUUCAUUUAACUUUUAAAUGUAUGUUAUUUACUGGAAACAGUUAAUUCAAUCUACAGUAAGUUGCUGGUAAACAGCUACCAGUAAUACUGUAAUUUCUACAGGAUUUUUUUUACAGUGAAUGUAUUCUAUAGUAUUCUGUUGUAUUAACUAUAGUAAAUUGAUAAACUGUAAUACUUCGGUAUAUUUACUAUGGUAAAGUUCGAGGCUACUAUAGCUAUUUUAAUAGAGAUCACUAGUAUACUACAUUUGUUGUCAAAUUAUAAUUUGAAACCAAGUCUAGUGCCACCUUGCAAGCACGGCUAUCACCUAUUUUUAUAUAAAUGUAUACUUUAUAAAUGUGUUACUGUACAGUUUUGUCUCUGUGGAGACAUAAAUAAAGUUUUCCGUGUUUAAUUCUAUAA